UGCAUUUUUUUUUAAACUUUCUUCACCGUUUUACCACUGGCUGUACUGAAGCUGUUUACAUACCCUUGCAGCUAACUAGUAGUGAUAUGAAGUGAGGAAAAUCAUAAUGUAUCAGACCUGACUGCUAAUGUUCGUUAUACUUACCCCUGCUACUCAAACAACCGUUUUUGUUUUCUCUGCUAUGGAAUUCAAUUCAGCCAUUUCUGUAGGUAUUGAUAUUUUUGACAUCAUCCAGAAAGAAAAUUUAGAGGAUUGUGUGAAUUUAAUUAAGCAAGACCACUCGCUCCUGGCGCGUAAAGGCUGGAGUGGAUUUACACCCCUUCAUUACGCUGCAUUCCAGGGGAACAGGGGGCUGGCAGAACUGCUUCUGCAGCAUGGAGCAGACCCUAAUCUGCCUAAUGAUGCAGGCCAAACACCAUUUCACUUUGCUUGCAGACAUGGUGAUGUUCAUAUUAUCCACCGAAUGCUGAAGUAUGAAGCAGAUGUGAACCUAACCGACAGUCAGUGGAAAACAGCACUUCAUCAUGCAGUGAUAGGUGGAAACCUAUUUGCCAUAAGAUACCUUGAGGAAUUGGGCACUUUCAAUUUUUGUGAUACAGACAAGCGUUUACUCACACCACUGCAUCUUGCUGCUUCAACUGGAAACACUGAUGUUGUGAGAUAUUUAUUGAGAAACAGUAGGUGUCAAGCUGAUGCUACUGAUAAUCAAGGAAUGACUCCCAUGCACAUUGCUGCUGAAAAGGGUGCAAUAGAAAUAAGUUGGCUGCUUUUGCAAGCUGUUGGAUUCCGGAAUCUGCAUUUAAAAGCUAAGAAUGGACUUGCUCCACUUGACAUUGCCAAGCAAGGAAUAACAUUCAGACACCAAGAACUUGUAAAAGUUUUAAAUAAAUAUAGCAAAGAGCCACAUGAUCGGAAACCCAAGGAGUCCUAUGGCAUGUACUAUUGGACUCUGCUAUUCCCUGGUGUCAGUGCCUCAGUUGUGUUUUUUAUUUCAUCUGCUUUGGGCAAGUAUGGUGGAAUCUUUUGUGCACUGGUUUUCCCUUGGUUGGCAAGGGCGACGUUCUCUCAGUACCAUAGGAUGAAUGACAUUCAGAGGUUGCCAAAUCCAGCAUACCUGGGUACAUUUGCUGCUGGAAUAUUUCACUCAUUGGUUUGCUUCUUUUACAAGAUCCUACCAACUAUUUGGCCCGCUAAUACACUGUUGCUUGUAUCAGCCACUCACUUCAGCGGCAUCCUGUGGAUGUUUAAGGUAGUUCUAACAAAGGAUCCAGGACGACUUCAAAGUGCUGAACCUGAAACAAAGUUUAAAACAAUUGCUGACCUUGUGGAUGCCAAUGAAAGCCUCUGCAAGUUUUGUGUUUAUUGUGAGGUAUUUCAACCAGAACGAGCCAAGCACUGUAAACUCUGCAACUGUUGUGUACUUGAGUAUGACCAUCAUUGCAUUUUUCUAAAGAACUGCAUCGGCAAGAAUAAUCAUCAAUUCUUCAUCCUUUUUAUUAUGGGGGUUGCAGUUGCUCAUCUGAUUUUUACAUUUUCAGCACUUUACUAUAUUUACUUGAAAUUUGACCUACAUUUUUGGGCUCUGUUGACUACAGUCAUUAGCAAUGAGGCUUGGGUUAUAGCACUGGCAGUGAUGAACGUUUUCACGUUAGUUUGGGAAGGAUGGUUGCUAAUGGAGCAAUUUAAAGUUGUCUCAGUAGGUACCACUAUCUACUUUAAACAUGAAACUGAUGCCAAGCAAUACACCUGGAGGCACAGGUGCAGAACAUUUUUCACUUUCCUAUUGGAAGGUAGACGGACAAGCCAAGAAAAGGUUUCUGUUAUUAUAUGAAAUGUAUAUGUGUAUUGCAGACAAUUCCAUAUUUUAAAACAUUUUAUGUAUCUAUUAAAUACAAAGUCUCACAAAUGAUAGCAUUACCUUGGGUUAGAGAUUGUAAUGCUGACAAAUCUGAAUUUUAUAUGCAAUUUGUGUAAAGGCACCAUUUUAGAUUUUUACAAAAAAUACAAUAUAACCAGUUUGACUAUUCUGUGUAUUUGAUUACAUUUUGAAGAUUUUAUCUUAGCUAUUUCUCUGAAAUGUCUUAAUCAGGGAGUGAUGACAGCACAGACAAACCAUGUACUGUACUAGCUUAAAUUGCAAUGUUAUUAAUCUAUGUUCAGAUUCAAAUAAACAUUAAACUUUAAGAAAAAAAUACACAUUUUAAUAUAGUAUAGUACUGAGAGGAUGCAAGUCCAGGCAAAGGACUGGCUAGGAGUAAAUCGUAAACUGUAAAUCAAGCACAAUUUGUAUAAGAAACUGCAUCAUAAUUAUGCUCAUUAAUAAAGUGCAUAUGUAUUUAUCUUGUAUAAACACAGUACAAUAGUAUACUGUUCCUAUAAUCAUUUUUCAAACAAUGACAUGACUUGAUUUAGCAAAGACUGCAUGUAACAAACAUAAUGGCCCAGGAAAUUCUGAGCAUAAACCUGAAAACUAGAUUAACGUGUUGUGUGCAAUUAGAUUGAAAUAUGAUUUAAUUUACUAAUGGAUGCUGAACAAUUGAAUACCAGACAUCCAGUAGAUGCAGUGUUUCACAUAAAGAUGGUUGUUAUAGUCCAUAACCAUGAUUCACUGCAGACAAGAACAGAAUAGCUGUCAGUUGGUAUGGAGACAAAUUGUAUUAUGAGUCAGAAGGCUUCUGGUCUUUUAAACUCUCGGAAGGCGUUUCAUUUCAUUGUAGUUCCUGUUCUAAUGGCUAGGCAAUAUAAAUUUAUACUAGAGAUGAUAUGUAACAUAAUAGCCUCAUUG